UGCGAACGAAACGAAACAAAGCGACUGUCAAAAUAGGCUUAGUUGUUUUGAGAUGAAUUUAUUUAGGUAAUUUUCUAUGAAAAUUCAACAACAAUGAGUUGUACUGAAAAAGUAGUUGAAUAUGGUAACGUUAACGGUGUCACACUUUGUUUGAAGGUUGAUAUUCGCAAGGAUUCGCCUCAUUCCAGACUUUUUAUAAUUUCUUACAAAAGUAAAGAAAAUAAGUCCUUGUGGCCUAAAUUGUCCCUAUUUUUUGCUGUAUUUUUUAAUAUUAUAGCUUUAUUUUAUUUGAGAAUCAGUUUCACUUCAACAAUUAUUAUAAUUACUGUUCUGUCCUUUUUGAUUUUCUUCUGGAUAACACAUAGUGUACAGUCUGAGAGUGUAUUGGUUAUACCUACAGUAGGUAUACAGAGUUCUGUAAAAUAUGUCUGUGGGAGAGAAGAUAACUUCAUUCCUUGGUCUUAUGUUGACGAUGUCAUUAUCAAUGAAGUGAUAAAAUUGAAUCGAGUCUUAUUUUACCUGACAGUACUGGUAAAAAAUACCCAAAAUGAUUCUGAACCAAUUAAACUAGUACCACUGUUUAAGUACACAAAGCCACGGUUAAUGAUGCUUGAAAUUAUAUAUUCGGAGUUGCAGUCGCUGUUAACUGAAGAACACAAGGAAGAGCCUUAUAAUGAAGCAGGCGAUAUAGGAUAAAUCAUUUAAUUAACUUAUUUAGUUUAACUAAUUGUUCUCUAGUCUAUACCUAUAGUCAAGUCUGGGAUUUUAUUAUAGUGUUAUAUAACAUAUAAAGCUUUUAAUAAGACUACUUAAGUAAAGCUAGUAUAGGUAAAGAUAUAGUUGUAUAAGACUGUUUUAGCAGUGAUUUUUAUGAUACUGGUAGAUGGAUGAAAUAAUAGUGUUCUUUGAUAGGGCCCAUAGGCCAUGGUUUGUCUCUGUGCGGAGGCUGUGAACAUUACUAUUUUACUUAAGCAUAAAAAAAUUGCUUUAGGCCGAGUAUCUAGUUUAAGCUCUUAAUCAGUGGUAAAGAUGAGCAUCAGCCCAGCAGCCAAAUGGUACCUAACACAUGAGGCUGUUUCCUGCCUUCCAUGAUUAAUUAUACUUUCUGGUGUAAAUUGCUUUUAAAUUAUGUUUUUUGAACAGAUUGAAUUUUAAGUGUGUAUAUGUAUUAAAUUAAAUAUAAGUGGAG